CGUAGUUUACCUGAGUUAUUGCGACCUGGACCAUCCACUGUACGUUGCGCAUUCAACUACACUCCUAGGAGAACGUCCCAAAUUGCUCACACACACGACCGCUGCCGUUGGUGUGUGUUGGUUCCGCUGCAAUAAACCGGGGCCGGUCGUUCUCAUCCGACAUUCGUUGCUCAAAUCGGCUUCAACCAACAUUGCCAAUUCAGCUUUUGUCUGGCCACACCAGGAUCGCAUUGGGACUAAGGGCGGUCUCGUCGCAACCGUUACCUACAAGACCCAAUAGAGCACCAGCGGUAUACCUCCCGGUACAAGAACCGAAAGAGCAGAUCAAAUGCCAUCAACACUAGCCAAGCAGCGGAAGAUCGCCAUUGUCGGCAGCCGCUCAGUCGGCAAAUCUUCGCUUGCCGUGCGCUACGUCGACGGGCAUUUUGUCGAGAGCUACUACCCCACCAUCGAGAACACCUUUAGCAAGGAGAUCAGGUACAAGGGGCAGGACUUUGCGACCGAGAUCGUGGACACAGCCGGGCAGGACGAGUACAGCAUCCUCAACUCGAAGCACUUCAUCGGCAUCCACGGCUACAUGCUGGUCUAUAGCGUAUCCUCGCUGCAGUCGUUCGAGAUGGUGCAGGUGAUCCGGGACAAGAUUCUGAACCAUCUUGGCACCGACAGCGUCCCGAUCUGCAUCGUCGGCAACAAGAGCGACCUGCGGCCCGAGCAGCGGCAGGUGACGGCGGACGAGGGCCGCGCGCUGGCCGAGAAGUACAAGUGCGCCUGGACCGAGGCCAGCGCGCGGUACAACGAGAACGUGGCCAAGGCGUUCGAGCUGCUGAUCGGCGAGGUGGAGAAGUCCCAGAACCCGAGCGAGCCGUCGGACGGCGGCAAGUGCGUGCUCAUGUGAAGUGUCAGGGGGGGGGGAGCGGAAGAGUGUGAUAUAUUCGUGUUGGCUCGUCCCAUCUCUUCAAGUCUUGAUGAGAUGGAUGGGUCAAAGGCCGGGCAAGCCGGCGAAGGCGCUGUAGGGGUGGGGUGGUAGGGCGUUCGCGCCGAGCCGAAGAAGCUUUGCUUCGGCAAAAUUACGUUUUGGGGGCUAAUGGCAUGGUGGUCAUGACGAUAUGCUCUCUUGGGUGGGCUGGCGGCAAGCGAGGUCGCAUUUUCCUCGCCAUGAUACCGCCCGUUAUGGGUUUGGAUGAGUGCUUUCAGGCGUGGGAGAUGUCUCCCGCAUUGACUUUCCUAUGUGGGCCAGGCAUGGUUGCAUCUACGUUGUAGGAUAGGGACAGUUGGGACGAGACUAGGGAAAGGCAGCGUGCGUGCUGGCUCUGGUUUUCAGCAUCACUGUCAUGAACUGUGGAGGGUAAUGCUACGUACGAUAAGGGCUCAUGACAUUCACACUUCAACCGUG